AUGCAGUUUCCUCUUCUGAAAUAUAUUCUUUCGUUAAUAUUACUGCUCUUCUAUCCCGCCAGUCAUUUUCACGGGCUUAUCAACUGCAACGAUUUCUUUCCAGGCUCUUCAGCUCUUUCAGUCUCCUUCCCAAGUCCUUCUGUUUGGUAUGUCUUUUUCCUAGGCCAUUCAGAUCCUCCAAUAUUCAUUCCAAAUUCUCUUUUGUUCCUUCAUUUUCUCCCAGAUUCUUCCGUUCCUCCAGUCAUAUUUCCCAAAUGUCUUCAUUUCCCCCACUCUUUUACACAGGCUCUUUAUUUCUUCCAACCCUUCAGUUGCUCCAAUCAUUCCUCCAUAUGCGAGGUCUCCAUCAAACCAAUAAAUCUAACGCAACUUUCAUGUUCCACGACGUCCUCAUCUUUCCCCGAAGGUAAGUAUCUAUCUCACGUUCAGAGUCACUCAAUGUUUCCACUAGAAACGAAAAACAUUUCCUUGUUUACCAAAUCCAUUCCUCCGAGCUAG